AUGGCAGAAACACACCACUUCGAUGUCAACAGGCUCUUCGGAGUGAAGGGCUAUGUGUGCGUCGUAACAGGUGGCGGCACUGGCAUUGGUUUGAUGGCUACCCAAGCACUCGCUGCAAAUGGAGCGAAAGUGUAUAUCACUGGACGUCGCGUCGAGGCCCUCGAGAAUGCUGCCAGAUCCCACGAUCCCUCGCGCUCAGACGCCCAAAACGAAGCACAGGCCGCCGCAGUCAAGAACAGUGGAGGCCAGAUCAUCCCACUUGGACCUUGCGAUGUAAGGAAGAAGAAAGAUUUGGAAAAUGUAGUGAUAGAACUACGCAAGAAGGAGAAAUACAUCAAUCUGCUUGUGUGCAACGCUGGCGUAGCAGGACCAAAGGCCGAGCCGACGGAGGAAGAUGCUGAAGACAUGAAGAAGAAGCUAUGGGACAGCGAGAGUGUCGAGGAGUGGCAGCAGACGAUGGAGACGGACGUGACGUCGGUCUACUUCACCACCGUGGCUUUCUUGCCCCUGCUUCAGGAUGCGAUUAACGCAGAGGACGGCACAGGCAGCGAGAGGUUUGCACCUAGUGUAAUCACGAUCUCAUCCAUGAGUGGGUUGAUGCGCCAUGCCCAAGGCCAUUUUUCGUAUAAUGCUGCCAAAGGUGCAACAGUCCACCUAACGAAACUCAUGUCUGCAGAGUUCCAGAAGCUUGGGGUGCGAGUCAACAGUAUCGCACCCGGAUAUUUCCCUUCAGAGAUGACAGCCAAGGAGUCGAAUGAGAAGCAGAAAUCUGAAUUCCCACAGGAGAAGAUUGAGAGCUCUGGUCAUGUGCCACUUAUGCGAGCUGGUAGAGACGAGGAGAUUGGUAUGGGUGUCUUGUUCUUCGCACGGAACCACUACGUCAAUGGUGAGAUCCUAGCGAUAGACGGUGGAGUGCUCAAUGUGGUAGGCGGGAGAUGA